CACGCCGGAUCGCACGCCUAUGUCACAUACAUAACCUCACUUUCAAAAGUCAAAAUAAUGCAGAGUUGAAGAGAUGAACAAUGCUUAUUUUAUAAAUCCCAAAAGUAUUUAAAAUAUUAUUUCGUCAUGAUAUCUGCUACCCGUUUGUUUGUGGGAAACCUCCCAGAAAACACUCAAGAAAAUGAACUUCACAAGGCUUUCUCUGUUUUUGGUGAAAUAACAAACUUGGAUCUAAAAUGUAAACCUGGAGACACUAAUGAAAGUAAGAAGUUUGCCUUCGUUUCAAUCUCUGCCGGGAAUUCAGACGUGGAGUCAUGCAUAAAACAUUUUUCACAAGAAAACUUUAAAGGCAAUAGAUUGUAUGUAACAAGAGCCAGAGAAAGUUUCUUGGAAAGACUGCAAAGGGAAAGACAACUUGCACAAGUAAAAGAAUCAGGAAAGGGUGUACAAGAAGAACAUUUACCCAAGAAAAACCCAAUAUUAAAACUGAGCGACAAAUUGAAUCCAAGGAAAAGAAAAAUAGAAGUGAACCACAUUAAUGAAGGUAACAGAAUAAGAAGACAUAGUAAAGAUGACCCUCUUGCUAAUGAGACUUCAUUAAAUGAUCAUAAACAUAAAAUAAAACGUAAUUUAAAAGAUUCAAAACAUAAUGAUGCUGGAGAUGCCACAGAUGGUAAAAACUUGUCUAUUGUAACUGAAGCUGAUAAAAAAAAGCAUGAGGCUGAAAAGAAAAGGCUAGAAUCUAUGAAAAAGAAGAGACAGGAGUUUAAAGAGAAACAAAUGAUCAUUAAAACUGGUUUAACUGGUGUUGACAAAGCAAAAAAUAAAAAGGUGAUAUUUUCGGAUUACGAAGAUGAGAUACCAAACGGAAGAACAGAAAAUAAUAGUAAUAAAACAAAAAGAAAAGGGAACCAAAACACUUUGUUUGAAGAUGAUGGUGAUGAAUCUGACGAUGGAUUGAAUUUUGAAGUCAAAAAGCAAUUUGAAGGCAAGAAAGGACAGAAGGUUUUAGAUUUGCAAUCAAGAUACAAAUCUGAUAAACGUUUCACCUUAGAUGAAAGGUUCAUUGAUGAUGAUGAAGAAGAAGAAACUAAUCCAAGGCAAGAUUACAAUACUGAAGAAGUAGAAUUGGGCACUGCAGAUGAAAAAGCUAAACAAAUGAAUAUACUACAAGAUGUUCUUGGAGUGACUAUCAAACAAAAAUACACAGACAAUGACAAUAAGAACAAAAAACCAAAACUAGGAAUGCUUAGGUUUGACCCCUUGCAGCCUGAUCAUGCCAAAUUUUUGGCACCUGUUGAACCCAAACCAGAACCAACGAAGAAAUCUAAAAAGAAAACAAAAGAAAAGCAAGAGGACAUACAGGAACAACAAAUAGAGCCAGAAGGUCCAAAAGUUGAAGUAUCUAAAGAACAAUUUUAUAAAGUCAGUGAUGCAUUAAAAGAAGCCAUAGCACAACCAAGCAGUUUCAGUUUACGAAGUUUAUUUGGCAGCAAGGAAAAUGAUGAUGAUGGUGUCCAAGAACAAGAGACAGACUAUAUUCCCCUUGAAGCACCUAAAGCAAAAAAGGUGAAAAAUCCAUUAGAUCCUAAGGAAAAGAAUCCUUUUGUUUAUGAUUCUUCUGAUUCCGAAACUGAGGAACCAGAGACUAAAGAAGUUAAACCAGAGCAGUUACCGGCACCUGCCAUUGAAACUAAAGCUGUGUGGAAAGAAAAUCUAUUCUUUUCUACAUUUGAUAUACGUCUAAAAGAUGGUCUAUCUUUCUUCAGUAAAGCUCCAGAGACUGAAAUACAAAAAGAAAGAAGGGAACUGAAGUCAUUAAUGAAGAAACGAAUUUAUAAUAAUGAUAGAAAGAAUCAAAUGUUCAAAAAGAAAAUAGGAGGCAAGAAGAAAUCAAUGAAAAAACCAUAUAAAAAUAAAAGUUAAUUUUGUUGAUGAAGUGUUUUAAGAAAUAUAAUACUACUAUUUUA